GCUGUCUUUCAAUCAGUCACCAUCUCAGCCGGAUUACUUUCUCUUUCUUCUCGGUUCUGGCCGGCUGUGUUCCCUCAGCUGUUUAAUCCGGUCCUCUGGUCAAAGCCCAACAUGUCGGGAUCUGAGGGAAUCGAUGAAGGAUUUUACUCCCGGCAGCUGUAUGUCCUGGGUCACGAGGCCAUGCACAGGAUGGGCUCGGCCAGCGUCCUCAUCGCAGGGAUGAAGGGUCUGGGGGUGGAAACGGCGAAAAACGUGAUCCUGUCCGGAGUGAAGUCCGUCACGGUGCAGGACCAAGGUGUGGCCACGUGGAGCGACUUGUCAUCACAGUUCUUUCUGAAGGAGUCUCACGUUGGUCAGAACCGGGCUUUGAGUUCCCUCCAGCAGCUGAUUGCCUUGAACCCACACGUGCACGUGUCGGCCCACACCGGACCCUUAAAUAAAGACCUUAUUCUGCAGUUUGAGGUGGUGGUCCUCACUGACUCCUCCCUAGAUGAUCAGAAGCAAUUUGGAGAACUGUGCCACUCCCAUGGAAUUAAACUCAUCAUAGCAGACACCAAGGGACUCUGUGGGCAGCUGUUUUGUGACUUUGGCGAGAAGUUCGAGGUCCUCGAUCAGGAUGGAGAAGCGCCUGCGUCGGUGAUGAUACAACAUAUCUCAAAGGACAACCCCGGAGUGGUGAUCUGCACCGAUGACCGAAAGCAUGGACUGACGGAUGGCGCCAAAGUCGUGUUCUCCGAAGUGCAAGGCAUGACAGAGCUCAACAACCUCAAACCCGUGGAGGUCAAAGUUGGUGGCCCAUAUUUCUUCAGUAUCUGCGACACUUCGGCCUUUUCUGAGUAUGAACGCGGCGGAGUUGCGACUGAGGUUAAACAGCCCGUCACGCUCAAUUUUAAACCACUGCAUGAAGCAUUGAACGACCAUGAGCUGCUGAUAUGGACCGACUUUGGAAAGAUAUCACGCCACCAGACUCUGCACUUGGCGUUUCAAGCCCUCCAUGAGUUUGUGAAGAAAGAACAAAGACUCCCUCGCUCGUGGUGCCAGUCAGACGCAGAUUCCCUGCUUGCCAUCGUGAGAGAGCUGAAUGCCGCGGCGCAGCUGGAGCAGCUGGAUGAGGCUGCCGUGCGAAACCUGUCCUGCACGGCACGAGGGGAUUUGGCUCCAAUGAACGCUUUCAUAGGGAGCGUGGCUGCACAGGAAGUGAUAAAGGCGUGCAGUGGGAAAUUUACACCUCUUCAACAGUGGCUGUAUUUUGAUGCAUUUGAGUGCCUUCCUGAAGGGAAGGACCAGCAGACAGAAAGUGCAUUUUUAGAGAAAGGCACGAGGUACGAUGGGCAGGUUGCCGUGUUUGGAUCAGCGUUCCAGGAGAAGCUGGAGAGGCAGAAGUAUUUCCUGGUUGGAGCUGGAGCAAUUGGCUGCGAGCUUCUUAAGAACUUUGCCCUCAUCGGGCUCGGUGCAGGAGAAGAGGGCCUCGUCACUGUCACAGACAUGGAUUUCAUAGAAAAAUCCAAUCUGAACCGACAGUUCCUGUUCAGGUCUCAGGACAUUAAGAAAUCCAAAUCAGCAGUUGCAGCCAAAGCCGUGCAGGAGAUGAACCCCAAGAUGAAAAUCACUGCUCAUCAGAAUCGCCUGGACCCUGACAGCGAAGGAGUGUACGACUACAACUUCUUCAUGGGUCUGGACGGAGUGGCUGCAGCCCUUGAUAACGUGGAAGCCAGGGUCUACCUUGAUAAACGCUGCGUCCGACACCGGAGGCCCAUGCUCGAGGGAGGCACUCUUGGGAGCAAGGGUCACACUCUGGCGGUGGUCCCUCACCUGACGGAGUCCUACGGACCGGCCAAGUCAAGUGCCGGGAACGACAUUCCGCUCUGCACUCUCAAGAACUUCCCUCACCGCAUCGAGCACACACUGCAGUGGGCCAGAGACCAGUUUGAAGGACUGUUUAAGAACGCUCCAGAAAAUGUGAAUUCCUACCUGAGGGAUUCGGUGUUUGUAACGCGCACUCUGGAGCAAGGAGACGCUGAGGCCCUGGAGAUUCUUGGAGGCGUCUGGAGCAGCUUAGUGGACGUGGAGGCUGGAGGUCAGCGUCCGCAGAGCUGGGAGGAUUGUGUGAGCUGGGCACGCUGCAAGUGGGAGACUCUGUACAACAACGACAUCCGUCAGCUUCUGCACUGUUUCCCUCCCGAAGAGGUGACCGCGAGCGGUCUACCCUUCUGGUCUGGAUCCAAGAGAUGUCCUCACCCGCUGACCUUUGACCCCAGCAAAACCACUCAUAUGGAUUACGUGGUGGCAGCGGCUAACUUGUACGGACAGAUCUACGGGAUCGAAGGGACAAAAGAGCACGCCUCCAUCAGGAAAACCUUAGAGGGGGUUCGGGUGCCAGCUUUCACUCCCAAGUCCUCUGUGAAGAUUCAUGUCACCGACCAGGAGAUGGAGGAAGACAAGAAAAAUGACAGCGGCGAGGCCGAAAAAGCUCAGCUUGAGGAGCUGAAAGGGAAGUUGGCUUCGUCCUCUCUGAGAGGCUCGGCUCCGAUGUUCCCCAUUGACUUUGAGAAGGACGACGACACCAACUUCCACAUGGACUACAUCGUUGCUGCGUCCAACCUCAGAGCGGAGAACUACGACAUCCCUGCAGCGGAUCGCCACCAGAGCAAACGCAUUGCCGGAAGGAUCAUUCCCGCCAUCGCCACCACCACAGCUGCGGUGGCAGGCCUGAUGUGCCUGGAGCUGUACAAACUGGUGCAGGGUCACCGGGAGAUCAGGUCCUACCGCUCAGCCUACAUCAACCUCGCCGUCCAGUACUUCGUCAUGUCGCAGCCCAGUCGGCCUCAGCACUUCGAGGUCGCAGGAAAGAAAUACACCCUGUGGGAUGACUUCCUGGUUGAGGGCAGACGCGGCGGUCAGCAGGAAAUGACCUUGGAAGAUCUGUUCCAGUAUGUCAAGGAAAGGCAUGACUUGACCGUCUGCAGCCUCUUCUACGGAACAGCUAUCUUGUACAACGGACAUGAAGAUCGGCUGCAGAAGACCGUGUCCGAGUUGGUGAAGACAGCGACGAAAGCAGACAUCCCUCCACACAAGAAGAUGCUGGAGUUGAUCCCCUCAUUCACUGAAGAUGAAGACUGUGAAUCCGUCCCAACUAUUUGGUAUCUGCUUGAGUGAUGCCAUCGAUGGAUUUCUCAAAGGGCCGCCAUGUGGACGCACUCCAGAGGGGCAAAGCAUCCUCACGUCUUCUGAGUCUAUGAGAAUGUUUUACUUACACUGUUUGAAUAUUGUUGAGCAACACUGAAUACCUAUCAUUGUUUAUCAUUGUCCUCAGGGGUUCUGUCUAAUCAGUUAAAUGGAUCAAUGUGCAAUCCUUCAUUUAGAUCUUUACUUUGUUGUCUUGUUAUAUUUAAAAAUAGAAAUCUUAGAGAACUAAAUUUCAGGGUCUUUCGGGGAGUGGGAAUAUUACUUUUAAGCUCUGUUGUUUGACAUUUGCCUUUAAUUUACAAGUAAAAUAGUUCAUACUUGAGUAACCGUUGAGCUGCUUGCCAAAGAUGGGAUCAUCUGGCAUUUUGAUGCAGUGCAGGUUUAAUUCGGCUCACGAUAAGUUUUUUUUGUGCUGAAAAGAGAAAAGACGCUUCAGUCACCUCAGCGAGGAAUCUCAGAGAAGCUGGGAACCAGUCUGGAGACAUCUGUGAGGAUUUUGCGGUCGUCCUCAGCUUUUCCACUCACUCUCACGCUGACGUCUCACAUGCUCUGGUUUCUACAUUUACAUCAUGUCAUAAUCUCAUCCCUUUAAUCACUUAUAGAAAGAGUUUAUCUUCAGUGUAUAACUGGGAGUGUGAAGCCCUAAUUCCCUGUGAUUAACCUGUGUUUUAAUAAUAAUGCAAUAAAUGUGUCUUCAGACGUC